GAGUAGCGCCCGGUGCAUGAUACACCCCCUCGCUACGCCACUGAUAACAACACGACUGUACUGUGAUAAAGUAUUUAUAAUUACAUUUUAAUCAUGAAUUUUUCUGGGUAAAUAAUCUGGGUUUUUUUCUCAUCCAGACCCAAAUUUUUUCAUAUGUCGCGAGUGGCAACUUGCUUUCUACCGUUUCGGCGCUGCGGUUCCGUGUUAACAACGUGUUGUAUACUACACUAACUUUUUCGUGUGACAGGUUAUACUGUAUUGUUAACUUAAUAAAUUUCUCAAAAAAUGAAUUUUGGUGCUGAAUUAGACGACGAUUUAUUCGAAACUCCUAAAAAUAAGAACGACGAAACGUCUGGUGUAUACGAACCAAAGAUAUAUAAUAACGAGUGGUUUAAUAAAGAUAGCAAUUGUGAAGAUGGAAUCAGCAUAUUAAAAUUUCAAGCUGAUUUCCUAUAUUAUCAACACAGAUACAGAGAAUCUGCAGAAAAAUACUUAAGAUGUUUAGAUUUAUUGGAUGAUAGUAAUAUGACUGUGAAACGUGACUGUUUGGAAGGAAUAUCUCGCUCCUUUCUUUGUCUUGAAGAUCACAGAGAAGCUAUUCAAUACGCUUUACAAUUACAUUCAUCUUCUCAGAACAUUGACCAGAAUAUCACCGAUUGGAAUCUUCUAGCAACCAUUUAUCAUAAGAUGGGAAGAUAUGAAGAUGAACUUAAAUUACUUCAGAAUUGUUUGACGUAUCAUCCCUGGAAUUAUGACUUCUGGAUACGAAUUGCUUUUUGUUAUUCUGGAAUGUUUAGAAUAGAAUUCAAUAGCAAAUUGCAAUCCAGUCUUUUGAAUAUUCCCAAAAGUAACAGAACUUUAGCAGACAAACAAAGUAAGCAUUUAGAAAAUGACACAAGAGAUAAUUUUACUGAUGAAAGUAAAGAUUAUCGAACAGCAGAAGUCCAGAUUUGUAAGCAAGAAAAUAAUACACUGGAAACAAAAUGCUCCACUUAUAAUUUGAUGUGUGGUAAAGAGUCAUUAAUAGUUUGUGCCUGUUUGAUAAGAGCAAGAGUCCUGCUGCAAACUUGUAUACUUGGUUAUCGGUCAUUUGCCUUAAAAAAUAACUCCCAGCAGCAGAAACUGAUUAAUGAAUUAAUUAGCACAAUGGACAUAGAUGAUGAAUUUAUCAAAGAUAUGACAGAGAUAUAUUUGAGAGAGCUGAAUAUCAAGAUAUCUGAUGCAGAAAACGUGUGUCAUCCUAAAGUCUUAAGUGACAAGGAAUCUACACAAAGUCAGAUGCAGUUUGAAAUAAUGUGGUUUGGUUGGAUUCUAAGAAAUUAAAAUGACUGAAAUAAUUUGUAAAUACUUACAUCUUUUUACAUUGACAAAUAAUACUGUAAUUUCAAAAUUAAUUGUAAG